UGACCCCAGGAGGCAGGAAGUUGUUUCUCUGCUUGCUGGUGGGGAGGACUGAUGAGGGGGUGUUGGGGCUGAGGAUGCGGAGGCUCGGAAGAUGGUGUAGAGGGGCCGGCCUCCCUGUGUGGCCUGUGGAGGACGCUACUGGAUGGAAGGUGGCUUGUGUUCUUGGGGCAGGCAGCAGCCAAACUGGUGUGUCCAAGGGUGCUGGGCACUGUGUUUCUACAAGGCAGGCCCUGCUGCCCCUCACCUGCCCUCGCUUCUCCACACUCCCCCCUGCGGGGCUGGUGUAGCUAGGUCAUGGCCACCACGGGUGGAUGGGCGCUGGUCCUGAGAAAGAGAAUGGGGGUCCAGGGACACCUGGCGGAGGAAGACCUCAGGUUGGCGCUGUAUGUCUACGAGUACCUGCUGCACGUCGGUGCCCAGAAGUCAGCCCAGACCUUUCUGUCUGAGAUCCGAUGGGAGAAGAACAUUACACUGGGGGAACCCCCAGGCUUCCUACAUUCCUGGUGGUGUGUGUUCUGGGACUUGUACUGUGCAGCACCCGACCGCAGAGAGGCGUGUGAGCACUCAAAUGAGGCCAAGGCCUUCCAGGACUACAGCGCUGUAGCGGCCCCCAGUCCUGUGAUGGGCAGCAUGGCCCCCAACGACGCGAUGGCAGCAGGCCCCAUGGCACCCGGCUUCUUCCAGGGCCCCCCCGGCUCCCAGCAGCCCCCCCACAACCCCAACGCCCCCAUGAUGGGGCCUCACGUUCAGCCCUUCAUGUCACCGCGGUUCCCAGGGGGCCCCCGGCCCACCCUGCGGAUGCCGAGUCAGCCUCCCGUGGGCCUCCCCGGCUCCCAGCCCCUCCUUCCUGGCACCAUGGAACCCUCCCCGCGAGCUCAGGGGCAUCCGAGCAUGGGCCCCAUGCAGAGAGUGACACCUCCACGGGGCAUGGCCAGCGUUGGACCCCAGAGCUAUGGAGGUGGCAUGCGGCCCCCACCGAACUCCCUCGCCGGCCCAGGCCUGCCCACCAUGAACAUGGGCCCUGGAGUGCGAGGCCCAUGGGCCAGCCCCAGUGGAAACUCGAUUCCCUAUUCCUCCUCCUCCCCCGGCAGCUACUCGGGACCCCCAGGAGGAGGAGGGCCCCCUGGAACACCCAUCAUGCCCAGCCCUGGAGACUCCAACUCCAGCGAGAGCAUGUACACUAUCAUGAACCCCAUUGGGCCGGGCGCCGGCAGGGCUAAUUUCCCGCUCGGCCCUGGUCCGGAGGGCCCCAUGGCGGCCAUGAGUGCAAUGGAGCCUCACCACGUGAACGGAUCCCUGGGCUCGGGCGAUAUGGACGGGUUGCCGAAGAGCUCCCCCGGCGCUGUGGCCGGCCUGAGCAACGCCCCGGGCACCCCGCGGGACGACGGCGAGAUGGCGGCCGCCGGGACCUUCCUGCACCCGUUCCCGAGCGAAAGCUACUCGCCCGGGAUGACCAUGAGCGUGUGAUGGGGCAGCAGCCCCUUGCCCACUGCCGGCCUCGGCUUCUGCCUAGUGCCCCUGCCUGGGACCAAGGUUCAGGGGCUCGGGCAGUCUGCUGGGUGAGGGUCUGAGGUCACACCUCGGGCGACUGUACUCCAUCCAGUUCAAGGAUUGGACAGCUGGGAAGCCCGGCACAAAGGACUCUCAUUUUAUAAAAAAAGAAAAACAAAAAAAACACGCAAGGACCUCAGAGACGUUCUUUCCUGUAUAGGCCCUUCUUGUCAUUUCUAUUUUGUCCCAGGGGGCUCCUUGGGGACCUCCUUUCCCCUGGACAGCAGGGGUGGGCCCCAUCAAUAAAUGUAACUUGGUUUUGGUUUUUGGUA